AUGAUCCAAAUAGAUGAUAUACCUAUAGUAAAGAUCAAUGAACAGACGAGGUUUACUAAGAAUAACGAUAAGGUGUUUAAUAGUACUAUAUUGAAGGAAUUAAGUUCUACAUCAUUGUCUAAAAACUUUAUUUCUCAAAGAGGCUCAGCAAAUGAUACAAUGCCUGCUACUAAUAUAAAAAGCCUCACUGAUGCAGCUGUGAAUACUGUUGAGACAAAUUCUAACGAUGUUUCAAAUUCUACUUCUAAUUCUACUUCUACUUCUAAUCUAAUUGGAAAUUUAGAUAACGUAAGUAAUUCAAAAUCCAAUUCAAUUAUAAAUGGAAACCCUGAGUUACUCAGUGUUUCAAAAAAUGCACAUUCGAGAAAUUGGUCUCUAUGGAGUAAUAAUUCAAGUGAUGAUAUUAACAAACAAUACAAUCUUCCACUUCCAACCAAGAGUAAUGAUAAUACUGAUAGCCAAAGUGCUACUAAGGUGGAAAUAGGAAGCCAACCAAAUGAUGACAAUCAGAAUAGAUCAAGGGGCUGGUCUUUAUUGUCGAUGUAUAAAGGAACACAAUUCCAUAAUGAUAACGAUACAAUCAUUGAAAGUCAAGAAUCUCCAUCAAACUCUAAUCCACUUCCUAUUAUUAAUUUGACAAAACCAUUAACAAAUUCAAUCAUUCAUGAGUCGGAAUAUGAUUUAACAAAGACACAAUCAAAAAUUGACUGCACUCUCACUUCAGAUAAAGAAUUUCAAAAGCUGGAUGCUACCAUUGAACACCCGAAUAUUGUUGUACCACAAUUUAAUGUAUUGCCAGAGAGCACAGUUUGGUCUUCUAUAUCCUAUUCGUUAAGUUCCUUGGCCAGUAAUUUAAACAUAAUAUCACAUGAGAAAAAAGAGAUGUCAUUGCAAAUUCAAAGUCCAAAACAGAAUUUCUACCAAUUAUCUGAUUCUGCUUCCAGGCCAAUUAAUAUUUUAAUCGUAGGAGUUCAUGGAUUUUUCCCAACAAAAAUGCUUAGACCUUUUAUUGGUGAACCAACAGGCACCUCUUUAAAAUUUGUAAAUGAAGCUGAAGUUAUUGUGAGAAGAUAUUUUGAAAAGCAUAAUACAACCUUCGAAAUAAAUAAAAUUGCAUUAGAAAAAGAAGGAAAAAUCUUUGAAAGGGUUGAUUAUUUUUUUGAGGUUAUGAAAAGAUACCAGACAGAACUAAACAGUGCAGAUUUCAUAUAUUUUGUAGCACAUUCCCAAGGUUCUCCUGUGACAAUGAUUUUGUUAGGAAAAUUAUUAGAAGCUGGCAUUCUUAAAACAACAUCAGUUUCAUUCGAAACUAACUCUUACACGAGUAGCACUAGAGGAAAGAAAAUAAUAUCUGUUUUGGCAAUGGCUGGAAUUAAUAAUGGGCCUUUCUUUGGAGCUGAUAGAACUUUAUUUGUUCGUGCAUACUCUACAAUUGAAAGCGAUUCCUUAAGAGAAUUGUUUGAGUUCCAAAAUCCAGAAUCUACUCCAUCUAAAAGCUACAUUAAAUAUUUCAGGAUAUUAAUUGCAAACAAUGUCAAGGUUACUUUUGUUGGGUCAAUAAAUGAUCAAUUGGUACCGUUAUACUCUUCAAUAUGCUUGUUUGCAAGACAUCCAAACGUGUUCAGAGCUACUUUUAUUGACAAAGGUUCUCGAACACCAUCGUUUAUCACCAGAGUUGUGGACAUGACAGAAACGCUACUGAAUUUAGGUUAUGAUGACCAUGGCAUAAUCAAAGAAAUUAGCGAAGCCUUGGCAGGAACAUUAACGGGAGGCGGUCAUUCGACAAUAUACAACGAAGCACAAGUAUAUGAGUUAGGACUUAAAUUUUCGCUUGAAACUACCGAUCUAAAAAAGCCUGUUCCUGUUACUUACAUGCCAUAUGCAAUUGCUCAAUUGAAAACAAACCCAUAUAAUUUACCUUGGUGUAUGCGCGGACUCUUAUCUGAAACUAAUAAGACUAUCCAUAAGGAGGAUAUAGAAACAUUGAUCAAAGAGUUCGAAUUGUGGAAACCGGUAAAUAAAAACCUAAAAGAAAUGAAAUACAGACUAAAUGGACUAAUAUCCAAAUUUUAA